AUGGGCAUUAUCAAGGUACCGCUACUUUGCCAUGUACUUGCCAAUGUGCCAAGUGGUUAUCGGGGAGAUUCGACACAAGCUGUGCCAGGCUGGCGCUUGGGAAACCGGGACCAGUUCCAAACAAGAAAAGAGCCUUCGAGAGGAAAGUCAAGGAGAGAGAGCAUGGAAACGAGGAACAAAGGGAAGGGUCGAGAUGUCAUGUUUGACCAGAUAGUGUGCGUCAAGAACAUGCGCGCCAUCAUGCACACCAAAAUGGUCAAUGGUAGCGCAGCAUGUCUCUGGAGCAGCGAGGUCCGUCGAAGGACCACAGGCCACGUGAUGACCCUUGGAACUACCAUAUGGAAAAAGUGCAGACGGGAUGGGGAGUGA